AUGAUAAUACAUUCUCCAUCUCCUUGUCUCCACUGCGCAAAGUUCUUGAACAAUAGAGGCAGAUUUGUGUGUCAGAGCCGCUUGGUGACUAGAUCGGCGGCUGUACGUAUAUCCACGGCGGCGAUUGGGACCAUAGCGGCUGCGGUUAUGAUGGCUUCCGUAUCCGUAGCUUAUGCAGAGCUUCCUCCUCCGCCGCAAGACGGCGAAACGCUAUCUAACGUGCCGCAAACGCUAUCAGGCGAUGACUGUAAGAAACAGAGGAUACAACGACCCAAAUCCAAGAACGCAGAGAGAUGCACAGUUAAAUGCGUCAACACUUGUAUUCGCAGCGGAGACGGAGAAGGACCGAUCAAUAUCAGAAGGCCAUUAGUGGUAUUCAAGCAAGGAUUUCGAAGCCGUAAUUACUGCUUAGUGGAAUGCUCAGAUAUUUGCAAUUUGAUCGGAGAUGGUGACUAUGGACCUUGA